AUGGCGCUCCUUGCUGGCCCAAGAAUUAUGAUCACCUGGAUGAGAAAAUUGUCUAUUCUCAUCUUCCAUAGGCCACAUAGAUUUGCGUUUUCUCCUUUCACCCAUAACACGUUCUUUUUGAGGACAAACAAGAUAUUCCUAAAUGCUGCUGAUGAUGCCAAGUGGCUUGAGGGAAUUAACGUGCAAGUUACACUUACUUACUGGAUUAAUGCAAAGUUCUUGCACAUUAAACAACACAAUCACCUAAGACCACGAAACUUUAAACACAGAAGAAAAAUACUACUGAAGCAAGCAAAUCUGGCUAUUAGAGCAACUCUGAAAGCUGCGCGUGGAGUUGGUGAGAGCCUAAUUGAGAAGAUUGAGAGCACAGAUGAGUGGGGAUUAGACGAUUGGAAGGGAAAAUGUGGAAUUGAGCUCAGAGCUCAAAAAGCCCUAAUUUUUAGAUUCGACCACCGCGCAUUGCACAGCAAACGCGUACUGAUACUUUUCAAAGAAUUCGGGUACUCUGAAGAUGUCGUGUGGAUCGUGUGGUAG